AUGUUCGCUUUAGGCACCCAACCCACGACCGCCAGCAACGUUGACAUGGUGGCUCUUGGCGUUGAGCCUACUCCUCCAGUGCAUUCUUUUGCUACUGUUCCACCCACUCCACCUGCUCUGGCUGCUACACUGUCUUGGACCUCCAAAUUGGAGGGACGGGACAGGGUCAUCAACCACUUUGGCAGCCUUCUGUGCCAUGUCAGAAACUCUGUGCGGGCUCUGGAGGAGGCCAUAAACAUCGCCAUCGACCACCCCAACCCCACUACCUAUCUAGACGACACCUCCCAUGUCGUCACCAAGCUCACCACCAUCAUCCGCGAGUUCCACAUUGAGCUGCCGGCUGACUCUGACAUCAACAACUUGGACCCUGGUAUGGCGGCUCUUCAAAUCCUCGACCACUUUUUCUGCCUCAACCCUGCCCUGGAUGAUGAGCUAGAGGGGGAGGAACAUGAACUGGAAUACCAGCACCCCCACCACGGUGAAGCCCUGUCCAUGAACAUCGACAUUCAGGCUGCCAUCACCAAAGCGGUGGAGGAUGGCAUCCACAUGGGCAACACGGCCAUCACCACGAGGCUCUCAGCUGUCAAAGUGCAGCUUGCACACAACUGGCUGCCUCUGCCACCUUCCCUGCCCAAGCCGCUUGGCCCACAGAAUCCACCGCCUCUGCCACCCCAUCACCAACAGACUGUCAGCUCCACCACCGUGACCAUAGCCCAGCCUAAUGCACCACCUCCUGGGGCCCCUACCAUGGCUCAGGUGGCUGCCAAGUCUCGAGAGAAGAGCUACGUGCUACUCAUCACCCCCGCAUAG